AUGAAUACGUAUCAGGUAGAUAUUUGUCCUACUGUGACCCCUGUAGAAGGACUAGAACGUAAAGACGGAGAAAAUAUAGGUGACAAAUACAACUCCUAUAUAUUUACUGCAACAUCUGAAGAAAAAUUUGAAAUAUCAGCCAUAAUUUACAAUGGAAAACCACUGAAAGGCAUAGUAUUGUUAAACACUAUGGUUGAAAAUAUAACUAUAUAUUUAGACGGACAUAAUAAGAUCUUACUAAUACACACUUUGGCUUUUGAGGUUGGUAACAUUUACUGGAUAAAUCAAGACAUUACCAAAGGCACAGAAAGCGUAACGUUUGCCGAAUUUUUACUUAAGGAAACGUCACAUCUAAACACAGGUGAACUUGGCUGCAUACUAUCUAACGUAACUCAACAUGGUGGAUUCAAUCUCGCUAAAUUUGGAGAAGACUAUGCUAGCACAGCAGAGAAACUGUUUGGAGAUAUCGACAUCAUAUUUGACAUUGGUAAAGGGCACUAUGGUUCAUCUAACUCCGGCGAAUAUUUAUCUGAGAUUUCCGGAGGAAAAGUAACUGUAGUAAAAUCUGUAAUAGUAGGUAGUAGUUUCAUGAAAACUACACACAAUACACCUUCCAAAGUGUUUAGGAUUAGAGGAAUAAAACCUCCAAAUGGAAACUACAUGAAGAUUAAUGGUGGUUUUCCAAAUGAGGUAUUCACUGAGUUUAAUGUCUACUAUAGAGAUAGUGAUUAUAGCAAUCCUUUGCUUGUGGAAUUGGUAGAAAUGUACCCAUUAACUCAUAAUUAUGUUAAUACUAGAUUCUAUCUUACAAAGAAUGAUAAAGAUUCUAACGGAAAAUGGGACAUUUGUCAAAUAUGCUCAGUUAUUGAUGAGAAAACCGAACUUGUACAGAUACUUCAGAACAUAAUUACACACAAUAGGCUUUUGGUUUACAAUAUAUCAGAUGAAAAACUUAGGAACAAGCUUGGAGAUAUACGAAAAGGUUUUUCUGUAGAUGUGACUCAGAUAGGAGGAAAUAUGGGACGGAUCAACUACUACUCUUUUGAUGGGAUGUGUAUUCCUUAUAGAAUGGAAAAAGCUACAGUACAAGGUUAUUAUCUAGUUAGACAUGCCACUAUUCCUUAUUUUACUGUCAAGAAGAUUAAAGUUACCAAGACUAAGGAACUUACUGAAGACGAGCUUCCUCCCCUCGGUACAUUAUUUGGGAGAUUAAAUGUCUACUACACUAACGAUUCAUUCGAUAAUGCAGUCUUGAUUGAACUAGAAUGUUUGGAUCAUUCUGAAUCUUGCGAAUCUCCUGAUUUUUUCUAUUACUACUCCAAGGAUGAGAGAGAUGAAUGGAUUGGCUAUAAAUUAGAAACACAUUUUGUUCUAGAUGAUGGAGAGGAAGCUAUUCCGGAUAAGAACACUAUAAUUACUCACAUUAAACAGCAUAACAACAAAAUAAUUUUUGAGGAGCUCUGGAAAAAACUAAAGGGAAAGCUUACUAGGUACCCUCCAGCGACUAACAAAAAUCCAAAAGGUGAGCAAACGACAGAUGAUACUACCAGUGAUAUAAAAGUAGAUAUCGAUUCCGAGGAAGCUGAUGAGAAAGCAGAGGGGGAAACGUCAACAGCUUCUAAAUUUGUGCCAAACUCUGAGUAUGACUUUCAAUUCGGAGAAUUCAACACCCUUGAAUCUACCAUUGCAAUAACCAUUGGUACAAUAGCGAUAUGUGUCGGUAUAUAUUUGCUAUUUCCUUCAGUUAAAAGAUUUGCACAUGAUUAUUCUGUUCAAAAGCUCAUGUAUCGUCGCUAUGUUUAG